GCGAGGGGGCGCGGGUGGUGCGCGCGGGCCGCGGGGGGUGCCUGCGCCUACGCAUCGCCCGCCGCACCUUGCCGCCCGCCUCGCGCCAGUCAGCAGCUGUGGCUCGUGUUGGCUGAACCAUCUAUAGGGCCAUCCUCUUUUUCUUGCCUUAGGACACCAAUAAACCAACAACAUCAACAAUGGCGGAUGAUGAAAAAAAGCGUCUCGAGGAGGCGAAGAAGGCCAAACAGGCCGAAAUCGACCGCAAGCGUGCUGAGGUGCGCAAGCGCAUGGAGGAAGCCUCCAAGGCCAAGAAGGCGAAGAAGGGUUUCAUGACCCCCGAGAGGAAGAAGAAGCUUAGGUUGCUGCUGCGUAAGAAAGCCGCUGAGGAACUGAAGAAGGAACAGGAGCGCAAAGCUGCCGAGAGGAGGCGUAUCAUCGAGGAGAGAUGCGGUAAAGCUAAGAACAUCGAAGACGCAAAUGAAGCCGCUCUCACGAGCAUCAUUACCGGGUACCAUCAGCGUAUCACCAAGCUCGAAGAGGAGAAGUACGAUCGCGAGAUGGAGGUUGCCCGCAAAGAGCUCGAGAUCGCUGACCUGAACUCUCAAGUCAACGACCUCAGAGGCAAAUUCGUCAAACCCACACUCAAGAAGGUGUCCAAAUACGAGAACAAAUUCGCCAAGCUCCAGAAGAAGGCCGCCGAAUUCAACUUCCGUAACCAAUUGAAGGUUGUCAAAAAGAAGGAAUUCACCCUUGAAGAAGAAGACAAAGAGAAAAAGCCAGACUGGUCCAAGGGCAAGCCGGGAGAUCAGAAGGUAAAAGAGGAAGAGGUUGAGGCAUGAACUGUUUACCCCCACCAUAAACUAUAAGACCUUAUUCUAACUGACAAUUAUGUCAAUGUCAAUAACUAUGUGAUAUACCUACCCCAUGUGCCUAUCCAGGAUCUAUGGGAACCUAUGUCAUCCUGUAGGUAGAACAGCCAUUUAGAUCCUCCAUAAACGUAAUGUCU